GGAAGACGAGUGAGCAGAGAAGGGAAACCAUGAGUGCUGUUUCCAAGAAUUCCCUGAGGAGUUCCCUGCUGCAGCUGGAAUGUUAUUUCACAUGGACUUUGCUGAAGCAAGAUGUGGAGCUCGACGAGCUAGAGGAGAGAUUAGGCCACCAGCACGAGUUCUUCACCAAGUCCAGGAUCACCAUUUGCAACCUGCUCUCCUACAUCUCUCACCUAAAGGGUUCAAAUGAGAAAGCCCUGGCACAUCUCCAGAAAGCUGAAGAAGAAAUUAAGAGAUGCCAUCCAGAGGAAAUUGGCAGGAGAAGCAUCGUCACCUGGGGGAACUAUGCCUGGGUCUACUACCACAUGGAGAGGUACGAAGACGCUCAAAGGUAUGUAAGCAAAGUGGAGAACACCUGCAAGGAGCUUCCAAGCACUCCUCAGCUGAAGGCUCAGUUUCCUGAGAUCUGUGCUGAGGAAGGGUGGGCACUCAUGAAGUUUGGGAAGAAGUACUUUGGGAGGGCAAAGGUUUGCUUCGAGGACGCCCUGCAGAGGGAACCAGACAACCCCGAGUUCAACGCCGGCUACGCCAUCACCGUGUACCGCCUGGAGUGCCCCUUCAACAGCCACGGCCAGGCCCUCCAGCUCCUGCAGCGUGCAGUGGAACUGGACCCAGAGAACACCUUCAUCGUGGUCCUGCUUGCAUUGAAGCUUCAGGACAUGCAGAGGACUGAAGAAGGGGAGAGGUACAUCAAGGCGGCGCUGAAGCAAGCUCCUGCCCUUCCCUACACCCUGCGGUACGCUGCCAAGUUCUACAGGAGGAAAGGAGAAGUGGGCAAGGCGGUGGAGCUGCUGAGGAAGGCCUUAGCAGUGACCCCAAACCCUGCCAUCCUGCACCACCAGCUGGCAGUCUGCUACAGGUCAGAGUUGAAUCAGCUGAGGGAGGCUGUGAGGUACCCACCUGCAGAGCAAGUGGACAAACUCAUCCAGCUUUCCAUCUCCCACUUUAAGGCAGCCAUAGACAAAAACCCCAAAUUCUUUUUUUGCCACAUGGACCUGGCAAAGAUGUAUGUGGAAGCAAAGAGGUAUGAAGAAGCAGAAGAGAUUUUCCAGAAAGCAUUCCAGAUAAACAUUCUGUCUCACAGUGACAAACAACUACUCCACUACCUUUAUGCCAGUUUUAAGCACUUUGACACGAAAGAAGAGCCUGAAGCCAUCGAGCACUACCUAGAAGCCCUGAAAGCGCAGAAGUCUUCUCUUUACUUUGCCAAGUGCAGAGAUGCUCUUAAGAGGCUGCUAGAGCAGAGAAUCCAGAGAGGUUCAAGAGAUGCAACAGAUUUUGGCAGGCUUGGAUUUGUUUAUCACCUCUGUGGUGACACCCAGGAGGCAAUCAGGCGCUACAAGCAAGCCCUUGCUUUGCACCCCGACAACGAGGAGUAUUUGAGUGCUUUAUGUGAGCUGCGCCUUUCCAUCUCCAGCUAAAG